UACCAAAAUAAUGUCAUCUUCAGUACAUUGCCAAUUAUGGAUGGGCAGCUUGGAACCAUAUAUGACGGAAAAUUUCGUCAUAGCUGCGUUUCGAAAAAUGGGUGAAGAUCCAACGACCGUGCGUUUGAUGCGUAACAAAUAUACGGGAGAACCUGCUGGUUAUUGUUUUGUUAAUUUUGCCACCGAUGAAAAAGCCAUGGAUGCAAUGCAUAAAUUAAAUGGUAAACCCAUUCCGGGUACAAAUCCCAUUGUACGUUUCCGACUGAACAGUGCCAGCAAUUCAUAUAAAAUGCCUGGUAACGAGAAGGAGUUUAGUGUUUGGGUUGGUGAUCUCAGUUCCGAUGUUGAUGAUUAUCAGCUAUAUAAGGCAUUCUCAUCAAAAUAUACAUCGAUUAAAACGGCUAAGGUGAUUAUAGAUAGUUCGGGAUUUUCCAAAGGUUAUGGUUUUGUGCGAUUUGGCAUUGAAGAUGAACAGCAAUCGGCGCUGUAUGAAAUGAAUGGUUAUAUUGGUUUGGGUAGUAAACCAUUGAAAAUUUGUAAUGCUGUACCCAAGCCAAAGGGUGAAUUGGGUGCAGCUUUGGGUACUUCGAAUAGUAAUUAUGGCUAUGGCGGUGCGGGACCAACAACAACCAGCAGUGCAACGGCUAGCUCAGAUUAUACACAAUAUUAUGAUCCAAGUUCAACAUAUUGGCAGGGUUACAAUGCCUGGCAAAAUUAUUAUGAUGCUAGUGCGGCAGCCACCGACCCCACAAGUGCAUAUUAUCAACAAUCGAUGGUACAAUCGCAUACAAAUACCCAAACAUUGGCCCAACAUGCUGAGGCCUGGAGUGCCCAACGUAAUGCCCAAUAUGAACAACAAAAUGCCGUCGCCGCUGCCAAUGGUGCGGCCGAUGAAGAGGAUGAUAGCUAUGCCUUGGUUGAACAUAAAUUCACAUUGGAUAUUGAUAAAAUGAAUCGUGAAGCACUCGAUUCAGAUCGUAAUUUAUAUGAUGCUUUGGAGAGUUCCAAAUGGUUGCCGUUGGAGCAAUUGGAAGCAUAUUAG